AUUGACCAAGAAGGGAAGAAAAUUGAUGAAACACUUAAUUUCUGAGAUGCAAAAAAUUAUUCUUUGACAACACAAUUUCUGAGCGCUCAUGAACCGAUUCGAGCGCGCAAUAUCAAUAUCUCAAAAUGGUGGAGGUGCACCGAGGUUUGAACUGCCCACCAAUCCUCAAGAAUUGCAAAGCCCUGAAUCUUUGAGUAUUGUUUUGCGAAAUGCACAAAAACUCCUAAGUGAUUACGCCAUUUUUUCAUUGCCUCGUAUUGCUGAGCGAUUCGAGCAAGAUGGGUCUUCAAGUGAUCCUGACGUGAGGGGUCAAAUUCAGGAAGAGUUAGUUCAAGUAGGCCUUAGAAUGCAACAAUUUGGAGCCCUUCUUUUGGAUCUUGGGAGUUCCAUCUUGACGCUUCGCUUGGAACAAUCAACUGUUGAUUUGCAAGAUCUAGCUGAAAGAGUUGUAUCAACCAAUUGUCCAAUGGAUGUGUUUCGAGCUGUGGUAGAAAGUUCAGCUCGUAUUUCUGGGAGUAGUACUCAUGAUAUUGCUAAUCACUUGUGCACCCAUGACUCACUUGCUGAGGAAUAUUUAGAGAUAUUAGCAAGUGAUAUAACCCGACGUUUACAAAGCAAUUCAGAACAGGAAGAUUAAUGCAUUUUUUCUGGAAGAAUUAAUAUGGGAGAUUUGUGGAGGAUGUUAAUUGGGAACUUCUUCUUCUUCAACAACAAUGCCUCUCUCUCUCUCUCUCUCUCUCUCUCUCUCAACUUCUGUUCUUGGUUUAAUGCUUCUUUUUCCUUUUUCUUAUAAACAUAUAUAUGAUUAUAUAUAUCCUCUAAACUAUGUGAGUAUGUUAUGUUUUAAUCUAUUUAUUACAUUCUAAUUGUAGAUUCUCGAGUCUGUAAAAUACAUUUCGAGCUAUCUUUUUUAAUUCUUAAUUUAAUUCA